GUUAAAAGUCCGAGCUCCUGGGGUCCUUCGCCCGCUGGAUGUUUCACAGAACCAGCAGGACCUCGCGAUUAUGACUGGUUCGAAAGCGUGGAAACGGAAUACAUACUCAGCUUGCAAAACCUGAUUGCAGUUAGGGACGACCUUGUCGCUCUGAUGUCGCCAGUCGUUCGUUCAACCAAGUCUGCUGCUUCAAGGAUCGACACCAGCACCUUCGAAUCAAUCUUCCAGACAUUUCUGGGCAAAGCCUACGCCGUGCCCUAUGGUCUUUCACAAAAGUGCAUCACUGACAUCGCCCGGCAGGACUGGAGUCUCCGGGAGGAUGAAGGCAAUAAAACAGAACCGAGGGAAAUCGACGUCUUGCGUCAAAGUGUUAGAACAUUCGAAAAGCAGGCGGAAGAUUAUGAAAGCACCUUGAAGAGUGCAGCAAGAAGGAAGUCAAAAGCACGAGCUAAACGUUUUACGGCCUACAUCAGUCGCUCUUCUGAAUGGAUGCCUCCGGCACAGACUAUCAGGACCACUCAAGAUACAUUUUCCUCUCCUCCGCCUGUUCCUCCUGGUUCUAGGUGUUUCUUCCCGAUCGAAAGUUUAAAAUGGGAGCCAAACUCGAUUUAUCUUCAGUUCCGAUAUCCUGAGAUGGUACACCCUGUUCCCAGCCUUAAAAUUACAAGGAGGAACUUUCGAAGGCGACCAUUAAGUCUCCAACGCGUGCAAAGCACCGCCAGUUCUUUCGAAUUCUUUGACAGUUUCGAGUACACGGGGUCUGAUAAUGGUAGGAGUCGGGAAGUUAGUAUUGAAGGCGCCUUGGAGAAGCCUGACGUUGGUGUGUAUCUAUCACGUAUGCGUGAAAAAUGGCCAGUCCUAGUUCAUCUUCCACCUCUCGAACACAUCAUAACAGAGGAUGAGGAGACGAAGAAGAAUGUGACUCCCACGCCCAAAAGAAAGGCAAAUAAGUCACUAGAGAAAAAUGCAGUACGGCCAUUAACCCCGCGUCGAAUUUCGUUUGACGAAAUGUACUUUGAUAAAAUCAUGAACAAAGUUGGUAGAGGUUCAACCGUUGCGAUUAUUUUGCCACUCUUGCCCUCUUUUUUGGAGUCUUUCCGCUCUGCUGAUUGGCUGAAGGCGACUGAGUGUUUCAGCGCAGUCGAUUGGCCAAAUUGUCCAGCGGGCCAGACAGCAGACGCGUUUGUGACCUGUUACGUGAAUGCUGCUUUAAUUCGCAGGCUGCUAGCACUUGAUGGCGACCUACCGGCCCGAGAGCUCAUGGGAGCCACUGAUAUGGAUACAUUUGCUCUCUUGCUGUACUGCCUGGCUGUCGUGAACGUUCUCCAACACUCCGACAAAGACCUUUAUGCCGUAUUGCAUCAGUCCUUAGAAGACGCCAGUAUUCCUGACACCGAAGGCUUCCUAUCUGACGAGCUCCGGGAUAUGUUUGAUGUGCGAAGGAUUCUUGGACCACAUAUAGUUGAUCAGACAGUCCAAGGCGAUGGAGAGACCUUGAGUACUGCUGAAACACAGUCCCUGAUUUCUUUUCUGCGUGAAUGGCUCUUCUAUUGGAUUGUGGAGGCGAAAUUAAGACUCAAAAGUGCUUCAUCGCAGCAGCAGGACGAUGCGAAACCACUUAUCACCUCGAGGGCACGAGCAAGGCGGAUAAUGGACAAUAAUCGCGGAAGAAAAUAUCCGCGAGGAGCGAUUCAAGAGGAGAAACCACUAACGGCUAUCGAUGCUAUCCGGGCUUUCUACUCGUGGAAAGGCGAUAACUUAUGGUUAGUUGUGAUGCAGCCUCCUGAUGCUGCAAGCGAAAAGACUGUUUCGUCACACGAGGUGCUGGCCAAGCCAAAGGAGGUUCUCUGCCGCACACGAAAUCGAAUUAACACACGGUUUUGCCAAUCCCUGGCGUUCCUACUGCCAGGCCAUGCGGAAUCGUCUGCCACCUCUGAUGCACUUCCGACCUCCAGUGGUCGCACCAAUGCCCUUUAA